AUGUUAACGACAACGUGUUUUCUUUUGUUUUUGUAUUCGUCUCGGUUGUCGGCGUACAACUGCACAACGUCAACCGUCAUCGUGCAGAAGAACAGCCUGUCCGUGGAUAACACAAACCUGAUCGCGACGAAACAGCGCCGGACGUACUUGGUCCGGUCGCCGGCCGGUAUGUUCUGGGUGGUGUUGACCCGUGUCCGCCGGGGCUACGUUCGGACCGGCGUGUUCGUGGUGGAGAACAGUAAGCCGUCAACGGCUGACCCCGCGGGAUCGCAGACGUUCGGGUCGGCCGCGGCAUCCACGCAUAAAUACCGUUACCGGGUCAAGUCAAUCGACCCGGAGAGACGGCCCCGGACCCGCGUCGUGAUCAAAUGGGUCGGCCAGAGCUCGACGCUGAGCGAGGACUUACGCGGCGGUAAACGCGGCGCGGCCGAAGCGUACGCCGUGAUCAAGUCCACGACGGGAGGCAUGCAGUUCAGUUGGUUCCCGCACCUCGUGGAGACCGGGUGA